AAGGAUCUUGAAGCUCUGCGAGUUGUUGGGGGUGGGGCUUCGCAGUCACGUGCAGCGGCCCGGCCAAUAGGCGCGCGUCGCGUCGUUGGCUGCAGAGCGGUCGGGCUUGGCUUACUUGGAGGCCUGGUCUGGGCGGAUAGGCUGGUGGAAAGUGUGAGCCGAAGGUGGCACUCAGCAGCUGCGUCUGUCCGAGCAGCGCGUCGCCAGGACUGUGUGGCCACAUCUGCCCCCCUCGGCGUUCUCCACAGGCUCGAUCAUGGAGCGUCAGGUCCAGCGGCUUCGCCAAGCGUUCCGGUCCGGCCGAUCGCGGCCGCUGCGCUUCCGAAUGCAGCAGCUCGAGGCCCUGAAGAGGAUGGUGCAGGAGCGCGAGAAGGACAUUUUGGCAGCCAUCGCGGCGGACCUGAGCAAGAGUGAACUCAACGCAUACAGUCAUGAAGUCAUUACCAUCCUUGGGGAAAUUGAUUUUAUGCUGGCAAAUCUUCCUGAAUUGGCUUCUGCUAAACCAGCUAAGAAGAACCUGCUUACCAUGUUGGAUGAGGCCUAUGUUCAGCCAGAGCCUCUGGGAGUUGUACUGAUUAUUGGAGCUUGGAACUACCCUUUCGUUCUCAUCAUGCAGCCACUGGUGGGAGCCAUCGCCGCAGGAAAUGCUGUGAUUGUUAAGCCUUCAGAACUAAGUGAAAACACGGCCAAGAUCUUAGCUAAACUCCUCCCUCAAUAUUUAGACCAGGACCUGUAUGCGGUUGUUAAUGGUGGUGUCGCAGAGACCACAGAGCUCCUGAAGCAGCGGUUUGAUCACAUUCUCUACACAGGAAACACUGCAGUGGGAAAAAUUGUCAUGGAAGCUGCUGCCAAGCACCUGACCCCUGUGACCCUGGAACUCGGGGGGAAAAGCCCCUGUUACAUAGACAGAGACUGUGAUCUGGACAUCGCCUGCAGACGCAUAACCUGGGGAAAGUACAUGAAUUGUGGUCAAACUUGUAUUGCUCCAGACUAUGUCCUCUGCGAAGCCUCCCUCCAGGAUCGGAUAGUGCAGAAGAUGAAGGAAACAGUGAAGGACUUUUAUGGGGAAAAUAUAAAAGAUUCUCCUGAUUAUGAAAGGAUCAUUAAUCUUCGUCACUUUAAGAGGUUACAGAGUUUGCUUGAAGGACAGAAAAUAGCUUUCGGCGGGGAGACUGAUGAGGUCACACGCUACAUAGCCCCAACCAUACUUACUGAUGUUGAUCCUAAUUCCAAGGUGAUGCAAGAAGAAAUUUUUGGACCAAUUCUUCCAAUAGUGUCUGUGAAAAAUGUAGAUGAAGCCAUUAAUUUCAUAAAUGAUCGUGAGAAGCCCCUGGCGCUCUACAUAUUUUCCCAUAACAAUAAGCUCAUCAAACGGGUGAUUGACGAAACAUCCAGUGGGGGAGUCACAGGCAAUGAUGUCAUCAUGCACUUCACUGUCAAUUCUUUGCCCUUUGGAGGUGUGGGUGCCAGUGGAAUGGGGGCUUAUCAUGGAAAGUAUAGUUUUGACACCUUUUCUCAUCAGCGCCCCUGUUUAUUAAAAGGCUUAAAGGGAGAAAGUAUUAACAAGCUCAGGUACCCUCCCAACAGUCAGUCCAAGCUCAGUUGGGCAAAGUUCUUCCUGCUGAAACAGUUCAACAAAGGAGGCUUGGUGAUGCUGAUGGUCGCGUGCUUGGCUGUGGUUGCAGCUGUGAUUGUCAAGAAAUACCAAGCUCUGCCGAGGGGGAAUGCCCUGUUGGCUUCUCUAGCAGUUCACAGACUGUGCUGGUCCAGUAAACACUCAUGAUCAAAUCUCAGCUGUCUGUUGAGAGUGAGGAAUAUCUGUAAUGACUUCCUCGUAGCCUCUACUGAAUUAUUCCUCUACUAAAUGGUUUCCAAACCAAAACUUUAAAAAUCAUACCCAAGCCAGGAAAUUCACAGAUGUACUGCAAUCAAACCUAAGUCGUUGCCACUAACCAUUAUCAAAACUCACUGUUUGAGCCAAAUUCCAGCAUUUGUCAGCAAGGAAGGUACUGUGCUGGGGCAGGAACAUGUCACCAAAUCCAUCACUUCUUUGCUCCAGCUCACAGCACUUCUGCAUCUUCUGCUGCUGGGCAUCAGUAGAGCCCUCGAGUGUCAACACGGCCCAGGCUUAACCCCUGUCCUCUACUGUCCAGCUCCUAAGGGUACUAAGCUUGGGAAGUGGAUAUGUCCACCUCAUCCACUGAAACGAGACUCUGACCUUCAGGAAUUGGCUGUCGGUCUAAGCAUCCUUUGUUGCACAUCAGCUGAAGUAUGUGUGUUUGUGACAGUCUGUUGUCACUGUCCACAGUGCCUUUGUGAUGACUUAAGCUACACCGAGCCUCUUGCCAAGAAGCAGUGAGAGCUUCUUGUAGUCACACCUGUUCCAGAGGCCUAGGCUAGAAGACCCCUGAUCCCCAGCCUACGCUACAUAGUGAGGACCACCCCCCUAUUCUCCAUAGACCCCCUCGAGAUCCUAAAGUUGAAUGUCACACAUACCUUCAAGGAUAAAUCUUUUCUUGUUUUCAUAGCACAAUGCAAGGAAGUUGUGCUUUUUAAAUCUAGCCUACAGAUCUUAAUGUAUGGGCCAGCUCCUGUCAUGGACAGGGAGAUGUUAGGAUCUGAGGCUUCAGAAUGCAUGGGACAGAGACUGUUGGACAAUGCUGUGAGCAUUGAAACAUACUGAAAGGGAUGGAUGGUAAGAAGAGCUUCUGAGCAUGGGGAGCCAUUAGUAUCAUUCAGCUCCUAAUGUGGCCAAGCGGGGAAAUGGCAAAGGAGAUCUGUGUAGAACUCAACUCCCUGCUGCCAGGGCCUGGCUGCGCCCGGAGCUCCAAACUGUAGAGCCCCCACUGUCUUCCAGAUUAGCGCUUGACCUACUCAAUGAGAAUGUAACUUGCUUUAUUGGAUGUAUAGCCAUCUUUGCUGAAUAACCUGUCCUAUUAUUGAGCUGUCUGAAGGGUGUUGUCUCUACUGAAGUAUGGGGUAUCAAAACUAAAUCAUUGGCCUGUGUAGCAAGUAGAUGUUUAAGUGGCUGUUGUUAUUGAGUAAUCAUAAAAUAUUUUGCACAAAAUUUCAUUGUAGAACUUGUACUUAUAUUAAAUUAUAAAUCAUAACUUUUAGUUAGGCUAGAAUACUUACACAAUAUACUGAUCUUCAAAAUAAAUGUAUUUCAUAAA